AUGAUCCUGAAACAGACGAUCCGACUGUCCGGGAUCUGGCCACGGGUGCAACAGAAGACAGUCAUGUACGCCAACCAGGCGAACAGCAUCUUCAUGACGGGGACGAUGGAUCUGAAAACGAAACAACCAAGCAGAAACCAGGACAGAAGCAGAGCACACCCCCGGAUCUGGCGACAAGUACGCGGAUUCCUUCCCGACAUGAUAGACGAAGGACCGCUCUUCGAACAGCUCCUUGAUAACUACUCCCGCGAGAAGAUCCUCCGCUUGCAUAUCCCUGACACCCGGCACAAAGGCUGGAAAACAAUCGCAUUGAUCCUACUCACAUACCGCAAGAUCGAUCUACCGACCUGGCACAGGCUCGUGACAAGCGAGAAACUAACAGAGAUUGCGGGAUUGAACUGGAGGCUUGUUGAAAAGAAGACUGAUCCAGAGGCGCAGAAUCUGCGCAGACAGAGGGCUAUGGAUAUGAAGACUGCGGCUCAGGAGGCGAAGAUGAAGAGGGCCUCUUUCGUCCGGAGUCACAUUGCGAAGGUUGGUGGAGGCGGACAUUGGGAUGUCGACAAAGGGGCAAAGAGAUUGAAUGGGUUUACUACGCUCUCGCAUAAGUUGAGUCUGCAGAAUGGGUUUGGGGUUGGGGAUGGGAAUCUUGCAGGUCUUGAUAUUGGUGGUGAGACAUGA